AUGGCAAAGGAUACUGAAUGGGCAUUCUUUAAAAGGUUGGAAGGUCCUCAACCUUGUGAAUUAUCGGAACUAAAGCCUGGCACGCAUAUAUUCGUUGUUUAUGGAGAUAAGUUCUUUAAGACAGCUAGCUAUACAAUUGAAUCAGUAUGUGCAGACACACUUGGAAAUACCACCGAAAAACAUAAGGAUAUUGAGGCUCAAAUUAAAAAAAAAGGAAUGAGUUUCGCCAAUCCGAAACAAAGUAUAGAAAGGCAUUGGCACGCAAUCAAGAAGUUACAAACAGAUAUGCAAAAGAAAAAACAGUCUGUAGAUGAGCUUGUGAAACAAAGGGAUGGUAUCCUUUCGACCUUCACCAUGGUUAAUACAACCGAUAUUAGUGGAAGUGUUAGUAACUUAGGCAAUGGACCUGUUACAUCUACAACAUAA